AUGGCGUCUGUUGCAUAUCGAGAGCCCAUAUCGGCCACUGUGGGAAAACGCAUGAUUCUGACAGGCCCAGAUUAUAAAAAGGACCACCUCCCGCACAUUCAGCAGCACACCUCGUAUGUAGGAGAGAAGCCUCGGGCUUGGGAGCAAACUGGAGAUGUCGGCUAUUUGUGGAGGCCUGCCUCGCAGGGAAGCCUGCCGGCCCGGCACAGGCACGCGUACGUGGGUGAAGUCGGCUGGGGAAUCCCGGAGUGUGAUUUUAUCAACAAAACACGGCGUGAGAGCGGCUUUCACAUCCAGCAUAAAGAACUAAGUCGAGCUGCUGUUGAUGUAAUAAGCCACAGAUAUCAAAACCCAUGGCAACCAAAACCUUGCAUUAUGGAUAUGCUAGGAAGAUUCAGCCGUGGUCGGAUUGCCUGGAAUAUGGGUGAUUAUGAGAACAUCAGCGAAAGGAAUUCCACAGGGGCCACCCUCGUCAGGCAGAAUAAGACAGCACUACCAGGAGCUUCUAGACCACCUAAGCUGCCAAAGCCACCAAAAAAGGAAAAGUUUUGGACUUUUAUAACACUGACCCAUUUUGAAGGAUAUAGACCAGUUCUGUAG